GAGGAUGCCAUAGGCUCUAGAUAGCACUUCUGGCUCUGCGAUCUAUCUGAGCCGGUUGAAAACAGGAACGGUUGUCCUGAUAGGGUGGUUAAACGUGUAGGUGUUGGUGUACUUGUCUAAAGAGACAAAGGACAAAAGACAGACAGGGACAGAGACAAAGGACAAGGGACAAGGGACAAAAGACAGAGGACUAAAAAUCGCGUCCCACGCCCGGCUGCCCAAAAGUUGUCAAACCGGUAAACUGUCUCGACAUUAUACACUACAAUACAAAGCCUUUGGGUAUCAAUUGACACUGAAGCUUCGCAUCCUUUGAUCUCCUGAUAUCUAUACCUCUUUCACUUUUCACCGCUGAAACAAUGGAUCUCGAUCCUUGGUCUGCUAUCACGAAGACCGCAACUUCGAUAAUCGGAAGCUCAGCCGAUACCAAAAUGGCCCAGUUCGAAGCUGCUAAGAAGGCCCUACAUUUGCUCCAAUCUUCGGGAGCUGCUGAUCACCUGGUGGAGCUCUGUCUAUCAGUGAUAGAUGAAGACAAUACAAAGCUGUUGUCUCUGUUGAAUGCGCCAGAUGCCGUGAAGUUGCUCAACGAGAAGGACUCGUCUGGGCUGUUCCCCUUGACCUAUGCCACUGUUAUGGGAAAUGAGACUGCAACGACGUUGAUGCUGAACAAAAGCACAGAGAUGAUCAACACGCCAGACGGGCUGUUUGGCUAUACACCGUUAAUGUGGGCUGUUUACUACAACAGGAAGGACAUCGCUGUUGAACUGUUAAAUUACGGGGCAGAUCCAAAUGUUCAAGGUUGGAACGGUGUCACUGUUCAUGAACUGCUGAAACCAGAUUCAGACAUGUACGACUUCUUUGAAGAGCAUGGCUUGCUGAAGGAUGAGGCAAUGGCAUCCUCUUCACCAACAAACUACGACUUCUACAAAUCCACAAAUGACGGUGCAUUCGGCGCACAAGAUGAUGAAUUGAUGGAUAGCAUAAGGUUGAAAACUGCUGGGUUGAAUGUACGCCCAGAUCUCGAUGAUGGGCUCUACAAGGACAACAAUGCCUUUAUAACCUCUAAUUCUCUCUUGGGUGAUGAGUUUGACUUCAACAGAUUGCUGAAGAACCAGUACAUCAUCUUUUCAGAUUAUGACAUCCUUGCCAUCUUAGACUUGAUCUUCACUUUGGAUACCAAAUUUACCCACAAGACCACCUAUCCAGCAGCCGUGAUAUACCAAUGUGUUAGAUAUGCGGACCAUCUAAAGGAUAACGAUACUCUCGUUGAGAACUUUAUGAACUUGGCAUUUACAAAGAUUAGAUCGAACACCUCAUCGAAGAGCGGCGUCACAAGUGUCUACAGCGAAGGUGAUAUCGUUCUACAGAGCUACUGGCUCUCUGUGCUGAACUUUUUGUUCUUUUACCUAUGCCGUGAUGAUGGAUUCUUCAAAAGAUACCCGAAGAUUCUCCAAGAGUUGAUCACAACGUUACAGUCUUUAAUGAUUGAAUUGGCCAAUUCCAUCAAAUUUAGGCUCAAUGGCAUGGUUGACGAUUGUCUUCUGAACUAUACAAGUAUACCAGAUAUUGGCACCACGCUUUAUAAGAACGAUUGGAACUUUUUCAAGAAGAAAAGCCAUGCUAAAUCGACAUACGAAGAGAUCUUGGAAAUGCUGUAUCCACCUUCUGUUAAAGAGCAGCUGAAACCUUCGCCUAUAAGGAUUAUUCAAACCUUUGGUGCUUUGUUAUACGUUCUAGAUUUGCACAACACACAUCCUUUGAUCACACAGCAGACCUUGUCCAUAGUAUUCUACUGGUUAGGAUGUACCCUUUUCAAUAGAAUCGUGUCACAGAAGAAGUACAUGUCCAGAGCCAAAGCCAUUCAACUGAGAUUGAACAUCUCAGUAGUUGAAGACUGGGCCAGAUCUAAUGAUAGAGAACCAAAGAUCCCAGAUAUGGACCAGGACCUGUUGAAGCUCUUCCCUUAUACUCUGAUGGAGGAUGAUCUCAAGGAAGACCAUACGUUAAAGCUACACGGAGUUGCACUGUUCCAUGGUGACCCUAAGAAUACCUUUGAUAGUGCGUUUUAUCACACUGAUCUGUAUAACAUUGUCACUGUCCAUAUGGAGCCAACUUUUGAACUCCUACAAUGGUUACAAUGCCUUUCCGGUUUACAGACUUCAGAAGAGGUUGACGGGAUGAUCUCUGCUUUCCAAAAGUUGAACGUUGCUCAACUGUGGACCGUUAUGGAUAAGUACAGAUAUGAGCUUGACGAAGCAAAGGUUGAUAAACAAGUGAGGAAAAUCAUGGAGAAGAAGGCCAAGAAGGAGAAUAGCCCAGUUGAAGGCAUUUCAUACGUUUCGAAGGACUCUUUGCUGCUGCUGAACCAGGACUUACAAUUCCCAGUGGUCAUUCCAACUGUUCUGGAGAUGGUUGAUCAAUACGGCGCAGGUAUUGGAGGAGUCAACAAAGAACGUGCCAUCAAAUUCCAGCCAUUUCUACCAGUGGAGAUCCUGGACUCUGUGGAUGAGAUCCAUGAACAGAGAACAAAACUACGUGAGCAGCAGGCAGAAGAAGAAACCUUACAAAACGAACUGGACGAUAGCGACGGCGAAGAUGGUGAUGAGGCAGGGAAAGUCCACACUGGCCAAGACAAAAACGACAAUGACGACGAACACAGCCACAUCAAAGGCAGUGUUAAGGAUGACGAUCUAUUCGGAGAGCUUCGUGUUCCGUCAUCACUGGCUCACCGUGAAUGGGGCAACGAGAACGAGAUCAAUCCAUGGUGAUCUUCCUCGAUUAUAUUAUAUUAUAUUAUCAUUAUAUCGAAGUCCCCGCCAGCUGCGUAGUCUCUCGGUACGCGCAACAAAAGUCCUCGGACUGGUUUUUUCCCGUUUUUUUUUUCUGGCCGCGCCCCUCCGAUCAAAAGACAAACGGGCCAACGAAAAAUGUCCACUCCAAGCAGACAAACCCGCUAGACCAAUCUGGAUCCACGAACAGAGCCAAAAAAAACCCACUAAAGAUGAACCCAGCUGUUUCCAACUUGGUCAUCAUGCUUGUCAUGAUGCAAGUCUCGAAGAGACUCGACUUUGAGAACCCAGAC